AUGGGGGUGGAUCACCUCUCUCCCAACGACGACAUCCGGCGAGCUGGGUUGGAUCUGGGGCGUCUGCGUGGUCGGAAUGGGCAGUCGCUCGCACAAAUCGUCAGGGAUGACGAUAUGCGGAGUGGAAUCAUCAGGAUUAAAGUCACCACCCAACUCGCCAAUAACUUUAUUACACCGACCAUGAUGCACGCGGAACUACAUCCCAAACCCUGUAACGAUGGGCUAUUUCCGCGAGACUUUGAACUCCCUCGUCCGGUGAAGGAAUUCCUGUUAAUGGAUAAACCCCCAUUAGUACCAACGCUUGACCGCAUCUUACGGUCCUACAACCUCCCAACCACCAACCCCUACCCCUAUAUUACCAACCGCGCCUUCACCUUCCUCCAUGGUAACCUAGCCGGCUUCCCCAAUCGAGCUAGGGAAGCUAAGUUGUGGAUGCUUUUCGAACAUCUAGGCGUCGACCUGGAUAACAGAUUCCGUGCUCGUGUCCGAGCUUCAAUGACCGAUCCUGCUGCUGUUGCUGAAAAUAAUGCUCCUAUAUUAGCGAUAGCUGGCAAUGCUGCUGCUAAUGGCAAUUCUCCAAAUCAGGGGGUGGCUGGUGCUAGUGCUGGAGCAGUUAAUAACGCCCCACCCCGGAACGCAAGCUCGAGUCCUGCUCGGAUGGAGGGGAGGGUGAGGGGUAGGGAUCCGGAGGGGCGACGGGAGCCAGAGGGAAGGAGAGAGCGGACCGAGCCAAGAGAGAGAGGAAGGGAGGGCGGAGGAGAACGAAGGCGGGGUGAGGAGAGGGCAGGCGAGGGACCACAAGACCAGGAAGAAGAGGGCAGGGAGAGGGACCGGGAGAGGGAGAGGAGAGAAACUGAGGAGGAUGAUAGGAAGAGGAGGAGGGCGGCUAGAGGUGGAAGACCAUUGCAUUUGGCGGUAUAA